GUCGGCUGUGGUGUGGUCCAAGCUCCGUCUCAUUGAAUGGAUCUGAUUGGACUUAGCUAAACGCCGCGAUUCGAUCCGACCGGGACGAAAAAUCAACGCAAUCCUUCAACCACUUAUCAUCGACAUCCCACGAUUCCCCCAACCAUCUCCCAAUUGGGCCAUUUCCAUCCAGCCGACAGACAAUAUGCUCGCACCAUUGAGAGUCUCGACUGCUCGAUCGGCCAUCUCGGCUGUCACCCGUGUCGCGAGGGUUAACGCUACCCGAGGAUUCAUUGCCCCGACCGUUUCUCGACGAGCCGACUUCGUCCAGGAACUCUACCUCAAGGAACUCAAGGCCUACAAGCCUUCCCCCAUCAAGGAGAAUGACAGCGUCGGCCAGGUCCAAGAGUUCAAGGCCCCCAAGGCCCCUAAGUCCCCCGAGGAGGCCGACCUUGCCACCAGCCUGAAGGAGUAUGAGAACAUGGCCGUCGAGGUCGAGGGUAACGAGGGUGCCACCACUGCUACGUCAACGCCCGCCGUCGUUGAGGACUGGCUAGUCGAGGAGGAAGAGGAGGAGGGUGCUGCUGCUCACCACUAAACUAAAGAGUUUGACGGCGAUGAGUGUGGAAGGAUAACGACAACAGAGUUCACAAAGAACACGAUAGUAGUCCACAUACGUGUGUGAGUGAGGGGGAGGGGUUAGUCAGGGUAUUCGAUAUACUGCUUGGGCGACAGUAACUAUCGAUUCUACGAGAUGCCCGAGAGAAUUAGCUGCGUGCGAGUGGAGUAAUAUCCGUGUAUAUUUACGCCUAUGAGUCUGCUAACAGACUAUCGAGACGAAACAAAAAGAACGCUUCAUCUUUCAAGAGCCUUGUAUUUUCAGUAAUGAGCAAAAUCAAACCUUGAGCGACUUUUGGUGAUCAAGUCGGCACCUCUUCUAUUACAGCUGGGACAAUACUGCUAGA